AGUGAUCAAAUAAUUUAAGUUUCUAAAAUCUAUAGAAGAAACAAUAUGGCUAAACUUCUCAAGAUUGUGAACAAUAUGGAAAUCAUCAUUUUCUUGUUUCUUUUUGUAACAUCCCAAUGUUUGGAGGUUAAUGGUGAAGUUUUAAAUCCCAGAGGCAAAGUAUUUCAUUCAGCAUGGUGCAAUGAAGACUCUGAUUGUAAACCUGAUGUAUGUACUCCUCUUUCUGUGAUAUGCGAUGCACAAAGAUGUAAAUGUCAUACCAGAUGUAUUGGAGACUUUGAUUGUAAAGAAAAAAUUUGUUUUCCUCCUUUUUUGUCACAUUCUAAGUGUGAUGAACAUAUAUGUAUAUGCACCAACUACUUUGAGACGUUACUUUAAUUGGUAAGGGGUAGGAAUACCAACUUUGUAACACUUCAGUUUUUAAUAGCGGGAGUCUUAAAAAAAAAAAAAAAAAAAUUGUAACUUACAGAAAUAAUCAGGGGCGGAGCCAC